AUUCCUAUGAAAAUAGGAAACUUGUAUUUCUCAUUCACAAAUCCAUCUUUGUUUAUGCUGCUAACUCUCAGUUUGGUCCUACUUCUGCUUCAUUUUGUUACUAAAAAGGGAGGAGGAAACUCAGUACCAAAUGUUUGGCAAUCCUUGGUAGAGCUUAUUUAUGAUUUCGUGCUGAACCUGGUAAACGAACAAAUAGGGGGUCUUUCCGGAAAUGUGAAACAAAAGUUUUUCCCUUGCAUCUUGGUCACUUUUACUUUUUUGUUAUUUCGUAAUCUCCAGGGUAUGAUACCCUAUAGCUUUACAGUUACAAGUCAUUUUCUCAUUACUUUGGGUCUUUCAUUUUCCAUUUUUAUUGGCAUUACUAUAGUGGGAUUUCAAAGAAAUGGUCUUCAUUUUUUAAGCUUCUCAUUACCUGCAGGAGUCCCACUGCCGUUAGCACCUUUUUUAGUACUCCUUGAGCUAAUCCCUCAUUGUUUUCGCGCAUUAAGCUCAGGAAUACGUUUAUUUGCUAAUAUGAUGGCCGGUCAUAGUUCAGUAAAGAUUUUAAGUGGGUUCGCUUGGACUAUGCUAUGUAUGAAUGAUCUUUUAUAUUUCAUAGGAGAUCUUGGUCCUUUAUUUAUAGUUCUUGCAUUAACCGGUCUUGAAUUAGGUGUAGCUAUAUUACAAGCUCAUGUUUUUACGAUCUUAAUCUGUAUUUACUUGAAUGAUGCUAUAAAUCUCCAUCAAAAUUUUUAUUUAUUUAUAAUUGAACAAAAGCGAGGUAUUUAUGCUUAAGUCAUCGCUUCAAAUCCGAUAACGCUUUUCUUUUUUUCGGUAUGCCGCUCCGCCUGCAAGGAGCGAGAAUUUGAAAGAAUUCAGAAAUUCAUGAACAAUGAAUUGGACUGGACAAUCUAGUCUUAAGUUUCCUAAUAGAACUAAGGGGGAAUCCCGCUUGAGCCUUUCCGGCGUGCGUUUGGAUUCUGGCGGUUUUUCGAGUUGCUAGACUUCGUCCGGCGACUAAUGAAAAUCCAGCUGGCGUAACUAAUCAAAAUUUCGAGGAGAAGGUACGUGAAUCUAUAUCGGAUACCUUCCAAGAAGCAAUUGUAGAAAAGUGCUUUAUUAGAAGCUGAGCAUAUUGUGCUACCACACGGAAAAAUGAUGGACGAUGUUUUAGAUGCGAUGCUCACCGGGGUGGACCCCAACAAUCUGGAAUAUCUCUCCCAGGUUUAUGAUAGCCUGGACACUCUCGGUGCGGGAAGUCCUUUCUUUGAACAGGCAUUUACGAUUAUACAAACCUUUUUCUUUGGGCUAUAGUAUAGGUAUGUAAUCGCUAAAGCUAUGCUUUUGGAUUGAGAGGCGGUCAAUCGGGGAAUGGAGUAGGCGGAAGAAGAGGAUAAGGAUUUGAUCCAGCCACUGGUUUCCCUACGGCUACCUUGUUGCGAAAAGAGGGUCAGCUAUAUUUCGUGGAUUUUGCCACUCCCAAUUCUCAACCCCGACCUACACAAUUUUAGAAUCCACAUUUUGAAAAGUUCUGUUAGGUUCUUAGUAGCAGUCGGCGACCCUUUCCUCUUUCUUUUACUUCACAUAGCUUUUCGUCUCCUUGAUAGCUGU